AUGGAAAAAACAAUUGGAAAUGAACUGAUCGAUUCAAUUACAACCGAUCAAAACAACGAGAACGGCGAAGACAAACCACCACAGAAUCUCAAGCAUUCACCAAGCGAGGUGGAGCUCAAGGAUUUUAAUAGAUCAUUUGGCAAUCUUACUGAGAAACUUCAAAUUGAUUUUACAGUACCAGAGAAUUUGGAAUUCUUUAUUGCCAUGGCUUUAUGUCAUUCAGUUAUUCCAGAAAUAGAUUCAAAUGGUUCAAUUUCAUAUUCUUCAUCGUCACCAGAUGAAAUUGCUUUAGUUAAUGCAGCUUCAAUAUAUGGUAUUAAAUUCCAUUCUAGAACACCACAUUCAAUGAGUAUCAUUGUGAAUGGAGAAGAAAGGUCCUAUCAUUUAUUGAAUGUAUUGGAGUUUUCGAGUGAUCGUAAGAGAAUGUCGGUGAUUGUCAAGGAGUUUAACUCUCAGGAUAUCAUUUUAUAUUGUAAGGGAGCUGAUACUGCAAUUCUACCAUUAUUGUCAGAUACACACGAUAAAGAGAUUCUCAAAUUGGAUGAAGAUGCUCUAAGAAGAUUCUCAUGUAGUGGUCUUCGAACUCUCUGUAUUGCCAAAAAGAUAAUUCCCACUGUUGAAUAUGAACAAUGGAAUUUGCUAUUCAAGAAAGCAUCGAUUGCAAUCGAAGAUCGUGUUGAAAAAGUUGGAGAAGUAUCGACUUUGAUUGAAAAGGAUUGGACUUUGAUGGGUGUCACUGGAAUUGAAGAUAAACUUCAAUACAAUGUGGCGUCAACAAUCACUACAAUCUCGAGAGCUCAUAUCAAGAUUUGGAUGUUGACCGGUGACAAACAAGAGACAGCUAUCAAUAUUGGAAUUUCCUGUAAGUUGUUGGAAGGAUUAGAUAUUCUUUUGCUGAAUGAAUCCAGCAGUAAGGAUGCUCUGCAAGAGUUGAUCAAUACACACAUCCAAAGAAUUGAAUACGAGCGAAGUUUGGAGUCGACUGGUGCCGGUGCAGGAAAGAGAGGUUACGCAAUUGUUGUCGAUGGAAGCACUCUUUCCAUUGCUAUUACCAAGGAGUUGGAAGACAGUUUCUACAAGCUGACAAGUCUAUGUACAUCUGUGGUAUGCUGUCGUGUUACACCGUUCCAAAAAUCAGAGGUUGUUCGUAUCGUAAAGGAUCGUACCAAGUCUAUUACUCUGGCGAUUGGUGAUGGUGCCAACGAUGUUAGCAUGAUUCAAAAAGCACACAUUGGUGUCGGUAUCUCUGGAAAGGAAGGUCGUCAAGCAGUUUUAGCAAGUGAUUUUGCGAUUUCACAAUUCAGAUUCUUGGAACGUCUUGUUCUCGUGCAUGGAAGAUACAAUUAUAAGAGAUUGUGUCUCCUCAUUUGUUACUUCUUCUUCAAGAAUCUCGUUUGUUCAUUACUUCAAUUCUGGUUCUCGACAAACACCCAAUUCUCAGGCCAAACAUUCUAUGAUGCUGCCAACAUCCUCGGUUACAAUCUAAUAUUUACAUCACUGCCAAUCAUUGUGAUUGGUGUAUUCGAGAAAGAUAUUGACUCUUCCUAUCUGAGAAAAUAUCCAACAUUAUAUAGAGAGUGUCAACUUGGUAAAUCUUUUAAUCAUAAAAUAUUUUGGGCUUGGAUUGCAUUGGGUAUCUAUUGUUCCUCUGUAAUUUAUUUCUUUUCUUCUAGAAUCUUUGGAAAUGCGCCAACUGAUACCAGUGGAAAGAUAGGAGGACUCUACCAGACUAGCGCAGCUGGCUUCACCUAUCUUGUGUUUGUUGUCAAUCUUUUGUUGUGUCUGGUGAUUAGCUCUUGGACUUGGCUACACCACUUGACCAUCUGGGGAACACUGGCAGUCUAUUGGAUAUUGGAGUGUCUCUACAGUUAUAUCUAUGUCUCCUAUACCAACUACUUCUACCUUGUAUUCCUUCAGCUAGUGGAACAACCAUUAUUCUACUUUACAUUCAUCAUCACCGUUGUCAUUGCUUUAUUACCAGCCUACGUAACAUCUUUUGUAUAUAGAAACUUUUUCACUCAACCAAUUCAUGUUGCUCAAGAAAUUCAAAGAGAAGAUAAAAAAGCAAUUAGUCAAAAGUUAAAGAUGUUACACAACAUUUAA